GGCGGGGCGGUGCUGCCUCUCCGCCCUUAAAGGGCUCGCUAAAGAGCCGUGCUGCCAUCUGUGACUUUCCUACCCCGCUUUAUUGCCUCUUUUUUGCUUUUAAUUCCUCCCCCCCCCGAAAGGAAAGAGGUUUUUCGCUCUUAAAAAAGCAGGCAAAAAGUGCUGAAGUGCCGCGCCGAGCUCGUGCUCUGAGGGGACCAACCGCCAUCGCCUCAGCUCGGGUGGGAGCAGCCCCACAUCGCAGCCCCACAUCGCAGUCCCAGUCUUCGCCCCGAGCUCCAGGCCGGGCCCAACUCUCCAUGGAGAAAUACGAGGUCCUGCAGCGGCUGCAGCCCGGAGCGUUGGGUACCGUGCUGGUAGUGGGGCUGAAAGCAGAAAGAAACUCGAAGGAUAGAUUUGUAAUAAAGCAGGUUGAAUGCAUUGAUGAAAAGCACGCAAAUGAGGCCUUUAAGGAGGCAAUGGAUUUGCUACAACUGAAUCAUUCACGUAUCUGUGCUUACAAGGAACUGUUUGUGACUUGGGAUAAUGAGAUAUCAGCUGUGUUCCUUUGUCUGGUAAUGCAGCACUCGGACCGAGCAGAUCUUGCAUCUCUGAUCAAGACAAAAAGGGAGAAGCCAGAGAAAAUAGAAAACAUGGUGAUUCUGAGGUUUCUUGGACAGAUCGUGGAUGCUUUGAUUUAUAUACACAAUCAGAAUAUAUUCCAUAGAAAUCUCAAGCCAUCAAACAUACUUAUGGAUGGUGAAGCAUCCUUCAAGCUUUGUGACUUCAGUACAGAAACACUUAUGACCGAUGAAUGGAAAUGGAAAAUAAGAGUGGAAGAAAAUCACAAGUGUUGGAUGGCUCCGGAAGCGAUCAGUUUUUCUUUCAGUGAUAAGUCUGACAUCUGGUCUCUAGGGUGUAUCCUACUCGACAUGGUGACCUGUUCUGUUUUGAAUGCAGAAGAAAUCACUUCGUUACUUCAGGAUAUAAGACAAAAUGCCAGCCAUCUUGAAAGAAUUCCAUCCCUAAUGCAAAAAGCAGAUAACAGUUCUUUGCCUAUAUACCCAAUUUUAUGCAUGAUGCUACAGAUCCAGCCCAACAUGAGACCCAAAGCGAAGGAUCUGAUGGAUGUGCAACUUAUUAGGGAAUGCCUCCAAGUUGUUGGUUCAUCUUUGAUAAAAAAGAAGAAGACUUUGUCUUCCUGUAUAAUAGAUUUGUUCCUUGGGGGUGGAGUUGGAAGCAUUCUAGAUUUCAUGCAGGCUUUCUGGGAUGUAGAAGAAGCACAGGAUAAAGCCAUGCAGCACCUUGCCUGCUUUGUAGGAGAUAAAAGUGCUCUGCCCUAUCUGCUAACACUCACAGAAUUGAUUGCUUUUUCCAUGAAGGUUCAUGCAGAUUCUCUCAAGUUACAUGUAGAUGGUUGCAAUUUAUUGCUUGGAAUUCUUAGUCAAGCUCUAGAAGAGGAUGUGGUGAUGGUUCUGGGUGAGGAUGUGACCAACUCUCUGACAGAGAUACUGAAAAGCCACUCCAAAGAUGAAGAGUUUCUUUCUUUGAUCUGCCCAUUACUGAUGAUGGUUUCAGCUGAUGAAGUUGCUGCGGAAAAUCUAAGGAAGGCUGGAUUAAUUUCAGAACUUCUGUCAAUUUUACCAAACUUUAUUCAUAAUGAGCAGAUCUGCCACUCUUGCUGUGCAGUUCUCUGGAGCUUGGUUGUGAGUGAGAACAAUGUAGACCAGGUAAUGCUGCCACGUGCUGUCCCCAUUAUCACAUCAGUCAUUCAAGAACACCCCCAGAAUGGAGCAGUUCUGCAGUCAGCUUGUUCAGCUUUGUGGGUGCUGUCACUGCAAGGUGUGUUUUCCCAAGGUAUUUUGACUGAAAAUGACUAUGAGCCCACAACAGCCCUUCUGAUGGAUGCACUUAGGAUGAAUCUGGAAAAAUCUUUGCUGGUGAAUAAUACCUGGCUGGCAUUAGCAAGCCUCCUAAGGCUGUCUGAAAUAGCAGCUUUCAGGUUUAUAACGGAUCCAAAAGGCAAUGGAAUAAACCUGAUCAAAGAUGUCUACCAGCUCUACUGCGAUGAUCCAGAAGUGGUGGAAAGUAUCUGCGUGCUGAUUAAUGAGAUGGUUCAGUACGAUGACAUUAUACUAGAAAUGGUGUCACAGCAAAUGGAAGAGCUGCUGGUUGAAAUAAAAAGCCGGUUUCCAUCUAGCAUGGAGAUUAUGGCCCUUGUGGACACAGCACUUUUGAGACUGCAGGAGUAAAAGCUUUCUGUAUAAGAACAAGACCUGCAGACUUCUGGCUCAGAUAUAAAAGCCUGGAUUAUCCUGAAGUAUUUCACAAGAUAUUUCUCACCAGGAAGAUUACUAUUGGGCCAUUAACAAUACUUAAUUCUACGUUGUGUUUAGUUAUCACAACUGUGAGACUAAUAGCAAUAUUUAAGAACUUGCUUUACUUUGUAGACUUCAAAAAUAUCCAAAAUAAAGGUUUUAGUCUUGACAGUUUCAGUAAA